GUACGGGGACAUGGUGCCAAAAACAAUCGUGGGCAAGGUGUUUGGGUCCAUAUGCUCUCUGAGUGGUGUGCUGGUCAUCGCCCUGCCUGUCCCUGUCAUCGUGUCAAACUUCAGCCGGAUCUACCACCAAAGCCAGCGGGCGGAGAAGCGACGAGCCCAGAGGAAAUCUCGACUUGCUAGAAUCCGCGCUGCGAAGAUUCGAGGCACUAAUGUCUAUAUGCGCUACAAACAAAACGGGCAGAUCAACUCACUGGAGGAGGCCUGCAAGGAGGCAGGAAAAGCCCUGGUGGCGAAGGCCGCCAGCCCUCCUUUUGAGACCCAGCAUAAUCACCUGCUGCACUGCCUGGAGAAGACCACGAACCACGAGUUUGUGGACGAGCAGACGUUUCAGGCCAACUGCAUGGAGAUCUCUGUGAUGAACAAGUCGGGGUCCUGUGCGUCCUCGCUGUCCUCGUCUCCACACGGCCUCAGCUCGUGCUGUUCACGACGCCACAGGAAGAAGAACAGCUUCAGCCUGCCCAGCACAAACAACCAGGAGCUCAGCACCAUCCAGAUCAGAGAGAGGCCGAUGGUCAACAGCCGCUCCAGUCUGAAUGCCAAACUUGAUGGGACUGCGCCCUUGAAAUGUGACAAAUCUUACAUCACUCCUUCCAUGGUCAGCCUAUCUGCCCCGGUGGUGACCUCAUCGGACGGGCACGGCUCCACCACCACCUCCACAUACUCUCAGAGCAACAUUGUCCGAGUAUCUGCCUUGUAGAUGUCAUGCUUAUCUGAUCAGCAAACUGGUCUCAAGAAGCACCAGAUGCUGAGGAGAGGGACCACCGAGCAUCAACCUGCCAUAAUCUAGAGGGAUUAUAAGAUUAGCAGAAAUCUGGUUUUUUUGAAGUAGUGAUCUCAUCUGAUGUCAAACUCUGCAUGGUAUUACAAUGAUGUGGACGGCUGCCUUGGAUAUAUGAGCGAACCAGCAGAUCUUGCUCCAUUAAGCACAGCAGAGCAACGGGAGUGUUUGGACUGCGUGGUUAUCGUUGUUGCCUAAAAAUACUGAGAAAACUUUAUUUUUGAAUAUGUAAUGUAGUUGUAAUUGUUGUCUUCUGGUUCAAAGGAGGAGAGGCAGACGUUACAAGGUCAUUCAUCAUGGCCUCUGAGGACAAAGCACACAUAUUCAUUAACCAAGGGCCAUCUUUGUGAAUAUUAAAUCCGAAUACUUACACAGAAGAAACAUUCACUCACCACCCACUAAAAUAGAUUGUUUUGAAAUCCCUCAAUUAACUGCUUUCCAAUAGUCCCCUCACUGUUGUAAAUUCAGAAAACAUGCAUCCACUGGAAUGGAUAACUGUUGUGAAUAUUCAUUAACUGACUCAUUAACUGGUUGGUGUCAUCGCUUGAUGAGUAAAAUAUGCUUCGCAUCAUGACAUGUUUGUGAAAUGUGCAAAUGCAAGUCAAAAUGACAGAAUCUGUGUUAAUUUACAUAUUUGACAUUCUGAUAUGGAUCUAUGUGAAAGCCAUUGUCAUUAAUUAACAAUUGAUAUUGCGAAGUAUACAGGGUACAUACAGUAUUAGUUAGGUCACAAGGUAGAGAUAUAAGUUAAUGUUCUCCGCAACACUUAACUAAUACUAACCCUAAUGUUGACUUAAACCAUAUGAAAGAAUGUUGGACAUCAAUUCCACUGAGUUGCUCUUAAAUUCUAAUAUUCAUUAUAAUCAGCGAGACUUGGUAGAUUUCACUGUGUUAAAGGACCAUUUUGUACAUUUUUCAUAUUGUAAAUAUCUCAGUUAGAAUUUAUCAAAUGCAUUUGAAGUUGGCUUCUCUUAUUUCUAGAUUUAGUUGACAGUUGUUGCCAUACUAUUUCUGUCUGUUAACUGGUUGAAUUAAGGAUUUGCAUGCUGUCAUUGCAGAGUUCUGUUUUAUUAAAAGUAUGUCUUCUUGUCGGAGGUUUGUCAGUAAAAAUGAGAUUAAUGAAAGGAAACACAAUGAGCCUGGUAUGUUAUGAUGUAAAUUCUUUGCUUUUAAUGAAAUGAAAAAAUCUUGUCAUGGGUGAGGAAAAAGGGAUAAAUAAUCACACAUUGUGCAUUUGGUGCAGUGGAUAGAAUAAAUGCUGUAGCUCUAUUGAAAAACCCAUUAAAUGACCCAUGUCUUUUGUUUUUAAUAGGGUGGAUUUCAUCAUGUUUUGCCUGAUUACUCAAAGAGCUAAUAAUAAUAGGAUGGAAUAAUAAUUAGGUGCUGCUGGAGGACAUGUGAGGGCUUGACUGUCCCAGUGGUGGGUCUCUGCUGCGGGGUCUCUGGAGACAGACAGGCGGGCCUCAGUGAUUGUUUGACAGAGGCCUCCGCUGCGGCCCCCUGCUGAGCCCGCUGCGUAGGACCAGGCUGUUUCUCCCAGCAUGCAGCGUCUCCGCUCUGCUGUGUUAAAUAACCGCUGUGAAGUCAGGCUGCAUAAAAUCUAAGAUAACACAGCAGCAUAUUAAAUAAUAAAACCUCCUAUACCCAAAUUAAAAUUCACACUUUGACGUCUGGGGUUUAACUUUGUUACUAUUUGAACAAUGACCAGAGAAACCAUUCUAGUAUUCAGUUACAUACUGUAUAUUGAAUUUGGUCUAAAGAAAAGUAGUCAGAAGUGGAAAUAUUAUCACUUCUUAGUGAAUCUGGACACACAUUUUGUUUUCAACCUAUAAAACUCCGUCCUAAACUGAGGGUUCACUGCUGCAUAUAUGAUUGGGUUACUCAGUGAUGUGAUGCAGGUGACAGACACUGACAGGAUCUCCACUUCAUUAAUGACUUUCACCUGAAUAAUCACAGGAAAUGAUAAAGUGUUAGAGAACAGAUCAAACUUGGAGUCAUUCUAUCAAUCUAAAGAAUAAAGCGUUUAAACCUUGG